CAGCUCCUGCCUUGGCGUGUCCAUGGCGGGUCUGGUGCAGUACAGGGAGGGAGUCUGGCCUCUCGGGCUUGUGUGGUGGGAGAAGGAGCUCCUUAGACACGUGUGGCUUCCACUCAGUUUGAACCCGCACCUCCCUGCCCCCUGCACCCUCUCCUCCCCGCCGACCUUCUCAUAGGUCACUUGAUGGCCACUGUGUCUUCUGUGUGCUGACCUGUCCUCCUUUCUGCCUCCUUCCAGAUUCACUCCCUGAAGGCGGGCGGCAUACGUCUGCUGUAUCCCAGUCUCCAGGGCCUGGCACUGGUGCAGGUGACCCAGGAGCCGCGUGACCCCGAGGCCCGCAGGAUGAAUGACUGGCACAGAGUCUUUGACCGGAGUGUGCUGGUGCCCCCCCACCCGCAGCGGGCGCGCCAGCCUCCACGGGAGUCUGCGGCGUUUCAGUGCGUGCUGAAGGGGCUCGAGGGGCCGCUCGCCAAGCAGGGAGUGCUGGAGGUGCUGUCGGAGGUGGGGUGCCAGCUGCGUGUGUCUCUCUUUGAUGUCACCUACCGACACUUCUUCGGGAGGACCUGGCAGACUGCAGUGCGGCCCACUGAGCAGCUCUCCCGGCAGCCGACCAGGAUUGUCUUCAAUGAGCCCCUGUAUUUUCACACGUCCCUGAACCACCCGAACAUCGUGGCUGUGGUGGAAGUGGUCGCCCGAGGCAAGAAGCGGGACGGGACCCUGCAGCCCUUGUCGUGUGGGUUCGGCAUUCUCCGGCUCUUCAGCGCUGAGCCCGCGUCUCCCACCUCAGCUUCCCAGGACAAAUGGCUGAGGCUGUACCAUGGCACCCCCAGGGCCUUGCUGCACCCGCUUCUCCAGGACCCCGUGGAACAGAGCAAGCACAUGCAGCUCGUGGAGGGCUGCCGCCUGCAGUACAGCCUGAAGCCACACCCGGCGCUGGAGCCCGCCCUCCACCUGCUGCCCGAGAACCUGCUGGUGUCUGGCCUGCAGCUCACCCCCGGCUUCCUGCCCGCUUCCGGGGACACAGGGGACGCCCUCCGCAAGCCUCGCCUGCAGAAGCCCGUCACGGGGCACGUGGACGCCUUAUCCUUCACGCUCUACCCCUCCCUGGAGAAGUUUGAGGAGGAGCUGCUGGGACUCCUCGCCAGCGACCACCUCCGGGAGGGAGCUGGCCCACGGGACGGCGCCGGCCUGGAGAUUACGGAGCGGCGGCUGCACGUGGGGGUGCACAGCGGGCUGGGCUUCGUGCAGAGGCCACAGGUCGUGGUGCUGGUGCCCGAGAUGGAGGUGGCCCUGACGCGGUCCGCCAGCUUCAGCAGGAGAGCCAGCUCCUCUUCCAAGGCCAGCUCUGGAGACCAGGCACUGGUCCUGAGGAGCCGCCUGCGACUCCCCGAGAUGGUCUGUCACCCCGCCUUCGCCGUCGUCUUCCAGCUGGAGUACGUGUUUAACGGCCCCGUCGGAGCCUACGGCAACGCUGCUCCCGUGCCCUCGCUGUCCAGCCUGGCCUACAUGCACGUGAUCCGCUGGGCCGUCUGGAGGCCCUCACUGGAGGCCAGCUCUGGGCGGGUGAGCUUGCCGCUGCUGGGUGGCGUCCGGCCCAACCCCUCGCGCCGCCUGGUCUACAAGGUGCCCUCGGCCAGCAUGAGCUCCGAAGAGGUGAAGCAGGUGGAGUCGGGGACGAUCCAGUUCCAGUACUCGCUGGACUCCGAAGGACUCCUGGACGCGGCCGACGGGCCCAUCAGCAGCCCCCAGGCAGAGCGGCAGCCCAGCAGGAAGCCACCUGUGUCCCCUUCCAGCCCACCAACGCCGCUGCCCCAGGGGCCCGCUGCCCCCCAGGACUCACCUGUGGGACCAGGGUUAUCACUCUCCCAGCUGGUGGCUUCCCCGCUGUCCCGGCUCAGCGCCCUUCACGGCGCCCCCAGCACCCGGAGUCUCCCCCGGCCCAGGUGGAGGGCCCCGUGGCGGGCAGGCUGUCACCUGGAAGCUGACCUGAGCCCGACGGCGUCUGUCCCGGCCUCCUCUGUGGCUGAGCAGCUGCACGAGCUGCCUUUCACCCUGCACGCGCCCAUCGUCCUGGAGGCCCAGGCCCGGAGCUCCGGGCGGACGCUCUCGCGAGCCUCCCUGGCGCGGCUGCAGGCCUCCGGCUUCCCUGAGAUCCUGGACGCCAGCAAGCAGCCCGCCGAAACCGUGGCUCCUACUGACCCCGUCAAAUUUAACCCUCAGAAGGAGCAAUCUGAUCGCCUCCAAAGCAACGAAAUAGUGCUGCAGUUUCUUGCCUUUAGCAGGGCAUCCCAGGACUCGCAGGCAGCACCGUGGCCCGAGACCGUGUACUUCACCUUCCAGUUCUACCGCUUCCCGCCCGCCACCACGCCCCGCCUGCAGCUGGUUCCGCUGGACGGCACUGGGGCUAGCGGCCCAGCCUCCCCGUCGCACCUCCUGGUCCCAGUGAACAAAGAUGCCGCCUCUGAAGCCGGGGCUCCUGGCUUCCGGCUGACGUACCUGGUGGACCCCGGGUCCCUGACACCUGGAGAGUCGUGCUGGUUCGCCCACUACCUGGCCGUGCAGACCCUGCAGAUGGACGUCUGGGACGGGGACUCCCUGCUGCUCUUGGGGUCCGCGGCUGUGCCUCUGAAGCAUCUCCUCCGCCAGGGGCGGCCGGCCGUGCAGGUCUCGCAUGAGCUGGACGUCGUGGCCACCGAGUACGAGCAGGACACGAUGGUAGUGAGCGGAGACCUGACUGGCUUUGGCAGUGUCAAGCCCAUCGGUGUCCACAUGGUGGUGAAGGGCCGGCUGCACCUGACCUUGGCCAACGUGGGUCACGUGUGUGAGCAGAGGGCGAGGAGUCCCAGCUCCUUGCCGCCGUCCCGGUCACGGGUCAUCUCCUGCGACGCAGCCGGCCGCUUCCCAGGGGGCAGUCUCUUCGCCAGCGGGAGCCCCAGAGCUGCGAGAAAUGUGGUGCAAGCGCAGAAGCUGGCCGACUUGGACAGCGAGCUGGCAGCCCUGCUGCUCACGCCGCUGCCGCAGGGGCGCGCUGGGGGCCGGGGAGCCCGCGGCGAGGGCGAGGCUGUCCGCAGGCGCAAGCUGGCCAGGAUGCGGGCUGUGCGCCUGCAGGAGCUGGGCGCGGGGGCGCUGGGGAGCCGGCGCGUCCCGUAGGCCCAGCAGAGCGCGCUGGCGCAGCACGCGCGGGACCUGCAGGUCAUCGCCGCCUACCGGGAGCGCACCAAGGCCGAGAGCAUCGCCAGCGCCCUGAGCCUGGCCAUCACCGCGCGACACACGCUCUCCGCCGCGCUGGGCGUCGCCGAGUUCUUCGAGUUUGCGCUCCGGAAUCCCCACAACACGCAGCACACGGUGACCAUCGAGAUCGACAACCCCGAGCUCAGCCUCGUGCUGGACAGUCAGGAGUGGAGACAUUUCAAAGCCGCGGCCAACCUGCACACGCCGGUGGAGGAGGACAUGUUUCACCUGCGGGGCGACCUGCCCCCCCAGCUCUACCUGCGCCCCAGGGAGACCGCCCACGUCCCCUUCAAGUACCAGAGCUUCUCCUUGGGCCAGCCGGCCCGGGCGCAGGUGGUGUUCCGCGCAGGGGGCAAGCCCCUGGCCAUGCUCUGCCUGACCGUGGAGGCGCAGCCCCAUGUGGUGGACCAGACCUUCCGCUUCUACCACCCUGAGCUCACCUUCCUGAAGAAGGCCAUCCGCCUGCCCCCCUGGCACACGCUCCCAGGUGCUCCCGUGGGGCUGCCUGGCGAGGUCCCCCCGGUCCACGUCCGGUGCAGCGACCCCAACGUCAUCUGUGAGACCCAGAGCGUGGGCCCCGGGGAGCCGCGGGACGUGUUUCUGAAGGCGGCCAGCGGCCCCAGCCCCGAGACCAAGGCCUUCUUUGUCGCCGUGUACACGGACCGCUGGCUGACGGCGCCCGCGCAGGUCUGGCAGGUGCACCUGCACUCCCUGCAGCGCGUGGACGUCUCCUGUGUCACCGGCCAGCGCACCCGCCUGUCCCUGGUCCUGCGGGGGUCACAGACGGUCAGGAAAGUGAGAGCCUUCACCUCGCACCCCCAGGAGCUGACGACGGACCCCAAGGGCGUGUUCGUGCUGCCCCCCCAUGCGGUGCAGGACCUGCAUGUGGGCGUGCGGCCCUGGCGGCCGGGCAGCCGCUUCCUGCACCUCAACCUGGUGGACGUGGAGCUGCACCAGCUGCUGGCCGCCUGGCUCGUGUGCCUCUCCUGCCGGCCGCCCCUCAUCUCCAAGGCCUUUGAGAUCAGGCUGGCCGUGGGGGACGGGAAGGGCGCCAACAAGCGGAUCACCUAUACCAACCCCUACCCCGCGCGGAGGGCCUACCGCCUGCUCUGCGACCACCCCGACCUGCUGCAGUUCAAGGAGGACGCCUUCCAGGUCGGGGGCGGAGAGACCUACACCAUCGGCCUGCGGUUCGCGCCGGGGCGCGGCGCGGGGGAGCAGGAGCUCCUCAUCUACAUCAACGACCAGGAGGACAAGACGGAGGAAACCUUCUGCGUGAAGGUCAUUUACCAGUAGGG